GUUGAUUCUGGCAUACGAGAAGAGCGUGUUUCCCAAUCCACAAAUAAAGCUUGGCUGAAAUUUGACUCUAGCAUCAAUGAGAUUGAACGAUUGUUUCAGACUAAGCACUAUUACUACGAACAUGCUAACGGAGGACCAAACAAUAUCGGCUGUGAGGACUACAAGGUUCCCGUAGAGUAG